GUGGGGUCUGGGCGAGGCUUUGAGGAAUGAAAGGGUCUGGGAAUGGGGCUUGACAGAGCGGAAGGGGCGGUGAUUAGCUGAAAAGGGAAGGCUCUAGAACGGACUGAGCCAGGGGGUUAAUUGCUCUGUGAAAGGGCAAGACUUUGAAAGGAGAAAGAAUAGUGUUAAAGGGGUGGAGCCUAGUGGAAUGGGCGGGACCAGGUAGAAUGGACACCCUGCUGGAGGGAGAGAGCCUUCAGAGGCAGAGUUUAGAAGGUGGUGUGGAAUAGAUAGCAAAAGGGAUAGAGACUAGCGUAGGGGGCGGGGCCUGGGAAGGGCUGGGAUGUAGGGUUUUCAGGGCGUUGGGCCCUUUCAGAGUCACCUCCACCACACCCCCAAGAAACGCGUGAGGGGUGAAGUCUCCCCAGCCAUGACCUCCACCGGCCAGGAUUCCACCACAACCAGACAGCGAAGGAGUAGGCACAAUCCCCAUCCCCCCGCCCACGACUCCAGCGUCACCUCGGUGAGACCCCAGACCUCGAAGCGAGGUGUUAAAAAGGGUGCCGUACUCCGCUCCAGCCCCAAUCUAGCGGAGGUAAAGAAGAAAGGCAGAAUGAAGAAGCUUAGUCAAGCAGCCGAGCAAGACCUAGUCGUGGGGCUGCAAGGGCUGGAUCUGAACCGGGAGGCCAGGACACUGUCUGGCACUGGCUUGGUGUUCGAUGAGCAGCUAAAUGAAUUCCACUGCCUCUGGGAUGACAGCUUCCCUGAAGGCCCUGAGCGGCUCCAUGCCAUCAAGGAGCAUCUGAUCCAGGAGGGCCUCCUGGAUCGCUGUGUGUCCUUUCAGGCCCGAUUUGCCGAAAAGGAGGAGCUGAUGUUGGUUCACAGUCUAGAAUACAUUGAUCUGAUGGAGACGACCCAGUACAUGAAUGAGGGGGAACUCCGUGUCCUAGCAGAUACCUAUGACUCAGUUUAUCUGCAUCCGAACUCAUACACCUGCGCCUGCCUGGCCUCAGGCUCCGUCCUCAGGCUGGUGGAUGCAGUCCUGAGGGCUGAGAUCCGGAAUGGCAUGGCGAUCAUCAGGCCUCCUGGACACCAUGCCCAGCACAGUCUCAUGGACGGGUAUUGCAUGUUCAACCACGUGGCUGUGGCUGCCCGCUAUGCUCAACAGAAGCAUGACAUUCAGAGGGUCCUUAUCGUGGAUUGGGAUGUGCACCACGGUCAAGGAACACAGUUCACCUUUGACCAAGACCCCAGUGUCCUCUAUUUCUCCAUCCACCGCUACGAGCAGGGUCGGUUCUGGCCCCACCUUACAGCCUCCAACUGGUCCACCACAGGUUUUGGCCAAGGCCAGGGAUACACCAUCAAUGUGCCUUGGAACCAGUUCCAGCCCCAGCUGGUCCUGGUAGCUGCUGGAUUUGAUGCCCUCCAAGGGGACCUCAAGGGCGAGAUGGCCGCCACUCCGGCAGGGUUCGCCCAGCUAACCCACCUGCUCAUGGGUCUGGCAGGAGGCAAGCUGAUCCUCUCACUGGAGGGUGGCUACAACCUCCGCUCCCUGGCUGAGGGCGUCAGCGCCUCGCUCCACACCCUUCUGGGAGACCCUUGCCCCGUGCUGGAGUUCCCUGGCGCCCCUUGCCCGAGUGCCCAGGCGUCUAUAUCCUGUGCUCUGGAAGCCCUUGAGCCCUUCUGGGAGGUCUUCGUGAGAUCAGCUGAGACCCUGGAGGAGGAGGACACUGUGGAGGGGGACGAUGUGGAGGAGAAGGAGGCGGAGGGACCAUGGCAGCCCCCUGAGCUCCCAAUCCUGACGUGGCCGGUGCUGCAGGCUCGCACAGGGCUGGUCUAUGACCCACAGAUGAUGGAUCACUACAACUUGUGGGACAACCACCACCCCGAGACGCCUCAGCGCAUCAAGCGUAUCAUGCACCACCUGGAGGAGUUGGGUCUUGCCGGGCGCUGUCUCGCCCUGCCCGCACGUCCAGCCACGGACGCUGAGCUGCUCACCUGCCACAGUGCUGAGCACGUGGAUCGUCUGCGGGCCACGGAGAAGAUGAAGACCCGGGAGCUGCACCGCGAGGGCGCCAGCUAUGACUCCAUCUACAUCUGCCCCAGCACCUUCACCUGUGCGCAGCUGGCUGCUGGCGCCGCCUGCCGCCUGGUGGAGGCUGUGCUGGCAGGAGAGGUUUUGAAUGGCAUUGCUGUGGUGCGUCCCCCCGGCCACCAUGCAGAGCGGGAUGCCGCUUGCGGUUUCUGCUUCUUCAACUCUGUGGCUGUGGCUGCUCGCCAUGCCCAGGCCGUCAGUGGGCGUGCGCUGCGGAUCCUGAUCGUGGACUGGGACGUCCAUCAUGGUAAUGGAACUCAGCACAUAUUUGAGGAGGACCCCAGCGUGCUGUACAUUUCUCUGCACCGCUAUGAUCAUGGCGCCUUCUUUCCUAUGGGGGACGAGGGCGCCAGCAGCCAGAUAGGUCAGGCUGCAGGCACGGGCUACACCGUCAACGUGGCCUGGAAUGGGCCCCGCUUGGGUGACGCCGACUACCUGGUUGCCUGGCAUCGUCUGGUGCUUCCCAUUGCCUAUGAGUUUAACCCAGAACUGGUGCUGGUCUCAGCUGGCUUCGAUGCUGCCCGGGGGGACCCACUGGGCAGCUGCCAGGUGUCGCCUGAGGGCUAUGCCCACCUCACCCACCUGCUGAUGGGCCUGGCCAAUGGCCGCAUUAUCCUUAUCCUAGAGGGUGGUUAUAACCUGACAUCCAUCUCGGAGUCCAUGGCCGCCUGCACCCACUCCCUCCUUGGGGACCCGCCACCCCUGCUGACCCUGCUGCGGCCCCCACUGUCAGGGGCCCUGGCCUCGAUCUCCGAGACCAUCCAAGUCCAUCGCAGAUACUGGUGCAGUUUGCGGGUCACAAAGGUCAAAGAUAAAGAGGGACCCUCCAGUUCUAAGUUGAUCACCAAGAAGGCACCCCAGGCAGCCAAUCCUUUGUCAGCCAAGGGGAUGACCAUGCCAGAAGGGAACAUUCUGGAGGCAGGCACAGGGAAGGCCACCUCAGCAACAUCUGUGAAAGAGUCCACUCCAGGCCAGACUACGUCAGAGACAGCUGUGAUGGAGUUCACUCAGGACCAGUCAUCAGAGACAGCCAUGGGAGGAGCUGCUGCGCUGAACCAGGCCACCUCAGAGGCAGCCACGGGGGAUGCCACGCUGGACCAGACCACCUCGGAGGAGGCUGUGGGGGGAGCUGAGCUGAUCCAAAGCCCUCCAGCCUCAUGCACUGACAAUCAGACUCCUCCAGCGUCACCCAUGCGAGGAGCCACAACCCAGAUAUCCCCCAGUAAACUGACUGGAAAUCUCAGGACCUUGGAACUAGACAAGGCACAGGAACCCCCAGAAGAGGAGGAGCUACUAGGAGAGGCAGCUGGAGGUCAGGACAUGAAUGAGUCAGUACUGAUGCAUGUCACUGGAGACCAUGCUGACACUGACCAAGCCAUGUUUUAUGCUGUAACACCACUGCCCUGGUGUCCCCAUUUGGUGGCAGUAUGCCCUGUACCUGAAGCAGGCCUGGAUGUGACCCAACCUUGUCAGGACUGUGGAGCCCUCCAGGAGAACUGGGUGUGUCUGUCUUGCUACCAGGUCUACUGCAGUCGUUACAUCAAUGCCCAUAUGCUCCAACACCAUGAAGGCUCGGGACACCCGCUGGUACUCAGCUACGCCGACCUGUCUACCUGGUGUUACCACUGUCAGGCCUACAUUCAUCACAAGGCUCUCCUAGCUGUGAAGAACAUCGCCCACCAGAACAAGUUUGGGGAGAACAUGCUCCACUCACACUAAAUCCCAGAGUGUGCUCCUCUUCUUCACCUUCUGAGACCCAAGAUAGACCAGCCUUAGUUCAUUCCAAGCUAUACCUUUGAUGAGGGGUAGCCUCACUCCAUCCCAUCCUGAAGACCCUUUACAACUCCCCCAGGGUGCUGAUUUAAGUGUAUAUAUUUGUAAGAGGACUGUGAUCAAUUAUAGAUCUCCCACUGCCUGCUCAAGGGACUCCAUCUACUCUGCUCCAGAAGGCAAGAGGAGCAGCUCAGUGACCCCAAGAGGGGGCUGAUAUAAAGAUGAUACUUUGGAGGGGAGGGGGAUCAACUGGCAGGUAUGGCGGGG